AUGGAAGAUAUCGGCGUCAAGGCACCCACCGACCACGUCGAAAGCAAGGUUGACGUCGGCGACUUGAAGAACGACAGAGCCAACAAAAUCCUUAGCGAAGCAGCAGGGCAACGCAUCGUCCUCACACCAGAAAACAACUCGAGAGUCCUCAAAAAGAUCGAUCUAUACAUACUCCCCGUGGUGCUUGGGAUCUAUUUCUUGCAGGCCCUGGACAAGGCUACUUUGGCCUAUUCCUCGGUGUUUGGGCUCGUGGAAGACACCAAUCUCGUCGGACAUGAAUACUCCUGGCUCGGGGCCGUCGUCUACCUUGCUCAGCUGGUGGCGCAGCCAUUGAUUGCCUAUGCGCUGGUCAAGUUGCCGCUGGGAAAAUUCCUCGCCGUGAUCGUCUUGCUCUGGGGUGUUUCCCUGUCAGUCAUGCCGGCAGCGCACAAUUUCGCAGGCUUGCUGGUGUGCCGGUUGUUCCUUGGGCUGUUCGAGGCUGGCGUCGCUCCUGCUUUCAUCGCCCUCACCCAGAUGUGGUGGCGUCGACGAGAGCAGCCCGUCAGACUCGGAGCCUGGUAUGCGAUGAACGGCAUCACCAACAUUGUUGGCUCCUUGUUGACAUAUGGAAUCGGUCACAUACACUCUAGUUCACUUAGACCCUAUCAGAUCAUCUUCUUAUUCUUUGGCUUGAUCACCGUGGUUUUCUCGGUCGUGGUUUGGUUUUUUCUCCCAGAUUCUCCCAUCACUGCGCAUUUCCUGAAAGGCGAAGACAGGCUAGUCGCCAUCGAGAGACUGAGGGCAAACAACCAGGGUGUUGAGGGUACCGAGUGGAAAUGGGCUCACGUCAAGGAAGCGGCCCUCGACAUCAAGACUUGGCUCUGGGCGGCCAUGAUGUUUGCCAUUUCUGUACCGAGUGGUGGCAUUUCGACCUUUGGCCCGCUGAUUGUGAAGAAUUUCGGCUUUGACCAGUUUGAAACGAUCCUUUUAAACAUGCCGUUUGGUGCCGUCCAGCUUAUCGCUACAAUGGGCGGUGCGUGGGCUGCUACGGCUCUGAAGCUGAAAUCUCCCGUAUUGGCAUUCCUGAGUCUCCCGCCGAUUGCGGGCUGUGUCAUGCUCCUACAUCUCCCGCGAGAUGCGUCGGCCAAGGCGCCGCUGCUGGUAGCGUAUUAUCUGAUAUCUGUCUAUCCCGGCAUCACGCCGUUGAUCUACUCGUGGUCUGCUGCAAACACCGCUGGAGAGACAAAGAAGAAGGUCACAACCGGGGUACUCUUCAUCGCGCAAUGCGCCGGAAACGUGCUCGGUCCAAAUCUAUACACCACGGGAGAAGCACCCCUCUACCACAGAGGAUUAUUGUCCAAUCUCGCCCUCUUUGUAGUGCUCAUCGGUCUCUACGCCGCCCAGGCCUUCUACCUGAUGAUCCUCAACAAAAAGCACGGAAGGACCCGAGAGAACAUGGGCAAGCGCGCGGUCUUAGUCGACAAAUCUAUGAACCGAGUCCAGGCAGCAACAACGACGACGGAUGGCGCUGCUGAAGACCAGGACGACGACAUGACGGGCCACCACGCAUUUGACGACAAGACCGACUGGGAAAACGAGGAUUUCAUUUUUGUGUGCCAGAAUCUGAAGAAGGUCUGCGUGUACGUCGAGAAACCUCCGGACCCUCAUGAACAGAAGAUCGAGGCCCUCGAAAAAGAGGUGCAAUUGCUAAAGCAGAGAUUGGAGUCCCAGCAGCAGAACGACCUCUAUACGACUUUCAGCGCUGUGGAUGCGACAGCUUCAACAGCUUCUGGUUUCGGCUCGCCCGAGCAAAUGGCAAGUCUGGCCCGGACAGGUUCUGACAUACAGUCGAAUCCAGGCGAUCCGCGGCGCAAGCGCACAAGAUCUCAAUUUGAAGUCGAGGUUGCCUCGGUGCCCAACUUCGCCGCCAAAGGCCUCAUCACCUUUGAUCAGGCCGAGUUGUUCUUCAACGCCUUCUUCCAGGGCUGCGAUCGCUAUGUCCCCAUAUUUGAUCCACUCCAUGACACCUUCGAGUCGAUCAGUUCUCGAAGUGCGCUCCUCUUUGACGCCAUCAUCACCAUUGGAUGCGGCGUACUCAGCGAUGCGGAUUCCCAGAUCUGUCACCUGCUUAAUUUCCACCUGAAGAAGAUGCUGAACCUUGUCAUUGUCAGUCCGGAGCACGCCUCUCUAGAGACUGUGCAGGCUCUCCUGGUCACGGCUUGCUAUACUUCAGAGCGAUCUUUGCUGUUAGCGUUUGCGACGAGGAUGGCUCUGGAUCUCGGCCUUCCGGACGCCUACGAAGACUUGACCAGGAAAAUCGUCAGUAGAGGGUCAUUGUCUCAGAAUCGAGAUUCGCAAAAAUACGACGAGGCCGACGCUGUAUUGAUGAGACGCGCUCGGGCUUGGUUUCAGCUGAUGGUGCUCGAGCAGAUCCUUCGGGUUGACGCUGGUAAUCUGCGGAGUUUCCAUUCGCGAGGCGACCCGCGGCGUUGCCGGAUCCUUCUGAACAAGCCGUUCACCACAAUCCUGGACCUCCGUCUGUUGUCGCAAGUCGAGCUUAAUUCGCUCAGAGGGAGGACGCAUGACUCAAUAGCAGGGACCGAGCAAUUUGAUGAAGAAGCAGUUAUGGACAUCCUCCGGGAUGUCCAAGUUGAUAUCGAUGUCUGGUACAACGAUUGGAAGAAUAUCAUGCAGGGUUCGUCGAGUGACGAGACGCCAGUGCUUCUACUCAACCUUGAAGUGCAGAAGUAUUGGUCUCAGACGGUGGCGUUGUGUCGGGCACUACGUGCUUUAGGGAAUGAAAAUAUCGCCGCCAUGUCCUCAACACAGCGACAUAUCCUCCACAUGGCCAAGGACGCGCUCAAGGGACACCUCCGAAUCAUCCUCGACCAGCCUCAGUAUUACCUGUCCAAAUUUUGCUAUGCGAUGGAUUUCGUCUGGGCCAAAUGCGCGUUCUGCUUCUUGCUGCUGCUGAAGCUGACCCGUCUGUUGCCUGAAGAAGACGACCACUCGAGGCGCCAGCUGCUCGAUGACGGGUAUAUGCUUCUGAACGAACUGAACAAGGCCGGUGGCGGAUGGACCAGCGGCGGUCGCAGCAACACCAGCAGGUUGUAUCUGCAGGUUCUCCAGCAGAGCAUUCAAAAGUAUGGCCGCGCGCUUCAAAACGACGGCUCGGGUCCUGCCCAGAGUGACAUCAACCCAACCGACAUUGGACAGGAUUCUCGGUCACCACUCAAUUUCUUCUGGACGACAGGAGGCUCUGCCGCGACGAACGAGAUCGAGACCUUUGUUCCAGAGCAGUUCGUCUUCGAGUGGGAUUUCCCGGGCUUGACGCUGUUCUCCUCUCCAGCGCGCGAUACCUUUUUCGACGAGUUUCUCGUAGGCAACGGGACCAGUGAUCCGUUGUUCUUCGGAAUGCUUGGCUAG